AUGGAUACCACCACAUUUCGUCAUCCUUAUCAUGCAAGUGCGACAACGGCACCCAAAGUUCAUGGAUCAAAGUAUUAUGGACACGGUAGAGCAGGUCCAUCGACAUUGUUACGUCUACCUAGACCCUACAGCAACUUAGUAUCAGCACCAGCAACCAUGUUGCACCCAUCAGUUGCCACCACAGCAGCAACAGCAGCAGCAGCUAGCUCAACAACAAUGCACUCUGCAUCUGCCAUGCCAACAUUUGUCGUGCAACUACCAUCCAGUGCUGUGGUUCAAAGUGAUCCAAAUUUUGGAACCAAUUCACCAGCCUCGACUACUACACCCCUCGCCAACAAUAAUAAUAGUAUCAACGUGGAUCAGCAGGAUCACAAUAAUAGCAACAAUGCCCAUCUUAUCGGUCCGAUUGUCGGCACAAUAGGUGGGGUCAUAGUGAUUUGUCUAGCUGCAUUUUUCCUUCUUCGAAAAAGAAAAACAAACAACCAUACAUCACCAUCAUCAGCUAACAAUCAACCUUGGGGGUACAAUCAGCGUCAACGGAAAGAUAGUGAAUCGGGUCAUAGCACAUUACGUGAAAAUAGUGCCUAUCACUUGCACCCACCACCAGCCUAUACAAGUAGAGAUGCGAAACGAUUGACAGCUGAUACGCUUGUUAGUAUUGAUCAGCGAUCCUCUUUGUCUACCAUGGUAUCGAAACGACAAUACAUGCCCCAAUUGGCCUAUAGCCCAAGUAAAGCAAGCCUCAACCAACGUGACCAAGAAUUAGGCGUGUCCCCAAGUAACACCUUGAUUGGGACAUUGUCUGAAAACGAUGAUGACCUUAAACAUAAUAAUAAUGGCAGACAACGCGUGCCGAGUUAUCAACCCCAAGUGGCAAUACAGCAGCCAGAAGAACCUACCAUUACCAAUGAGCCACCACCACCCGCAGGAGAAGAAGAAAUCCAAAGUUACUAUAAUUACAUCUCUCAAAAUGAGACGCAUAGUAGAUCCCCCACCACAACAGAACCACAUGAUCAGAAAUCAUAG